CUGAGGGAUGCCGGAGAGGCCGAGGCAGCUUGAGGCAGUGCUGAGGCAGGCCGGCCAAGGGAGGCCUGGAGUGGCUUCAGAACAGAAUGUCCAGAACCACCCUGCUGUCUGCUUCCACAGAAUCUUAAAGCCACCGAGAAGCCCUGCCUCCCGCUUACAGAGAGGCACCAGACCCUCCCACAGUUUCGAAAGGCCUGUUGUUCUGCCAGAGAACAUUCCAAUCUGAGGUUGCUGUUGUUUCUCCUUAUGGUGAGGAUGGAGAGAGAUCAACCCUCCUCGUUGGAACAAUGGAUCCAGGGGCUCCCAGGGGUGGGCCUAACAGUGCUGGCUCAUUCCUGGGUUGGGGAACUGGCUGUCCCAACUGGGAAGCACGGGUCAUUUUCACUUCAGUAAUGAGGGGACUGAUAAGGGGGUCAGAAGAUGGAGGAAAAUAUGUGACUCCAGAUCCCAAGGCCACCGCAGGACAUUGAGCUCAGCAGAAUGCACUGAAGAGUGUGUACAUACUUUGAGACCACAGCUCAGACUCCUCUAGUGGCUCCCUAACUCUGUUCGCCUGGUAAAUAACUCAUUGCCCCUGCGCUUCGACCUCUGCGCUGGAGAGCUCAGGUUACUGGCUAUGGCCCCAAAGGUCUAUCAUUCCCCAGACUUCUGACCCAGAGACCCGGACCCACCGGAUGCUCUGCGUUACUGAGGGCUUGCGUGCCUUUCGGAGACGAGGAACAGCUGACACGUGUGAUGAAUUAGUCUCUGCUCUCCUUGGCACUCUGUGGAGCCCCGGGGAGUUUCCCUUUUAAAGAGGUGGCCCUUCAAAGCUGGAGGACUCAGGAGCAGGCUGUCCCGGCUCUCUGGGUGUCAGCCGCAGGACUGAAGCCACAUUGGCACCCCUGACCCGCGUGUGCUCGUGGCACGGAGGUGCCAAAGUAGCUGUGGAAGCAGAUCCCUGGGGACCUUGAAAUGGUGAUCAUCUGGUGGUUCUGGUCUCUGCUGGCCAUCUGUGCUUCAGACUCAUUCCGGGACCAGGCAGUGGCUAUCAUGAGAACCACACCGGUCAUCGAUGGGCACAACGACUUGCCUUGGCAACUGCUAAAUUUGUUCAACAACCAGCUGCUGAGACCAGAUGCUGACUUGAACAAGCUAGCCCAAACACACACCAACAUCCCCAAGCUGAGGGCUGGCUUUGUCGGAGGCCAGUUCUGGUCCGCAUACAUGCCUUGUGACACCCAAAACAAAGAUGCCGUGAAGAGAAUACUGGAACAGAUGGAUGUGAUACACCGCAUGUGCCAACUCUAUCCUGAGACCUUCAUGUGUGUCACCAAUAGUUCAGACAUCCUACAGGCUUUCCGGAGGGGGAAAGUGGCCAGUCUGAUCGGCGUGGAAGGCGGCCACUUAAUUGACAGCAGCCUUGGUGUCCUGCGGACACUCUACCAUCUGGGCAUGCGGUAUCUGACCCUCACCCACAAUUGCAACACGCCCUGGGCCGACAACUGGCUUGUGGACAGAGGGGAUGAUGAGGCUGAGAGCCAAGGACUGUCACCCUUUGGGAAGCGCCUGCUGAACGAGAUGAACCGCCUGGGUGUCAUGAUUGACCUGUCCCACGUGUCUGUGGCCACCAUGAAGGACGCUUUGCAGACCUCCAGGGCACCAGUCAUCUUCAGCCACUCUUCUGCCUACAGCCUGUGUCCACACAGGCGGAAUGUGCCCGAUGACAUACUGCAGCUGGUGAAGAACACGAGUAGUCUGGUGAUGGUGAAUUUCUUCAACAACUUUGUGUCCUGUUCAGACAGCGCCACCUUGCCCCAAGUGGCCGACCACCUGGACCACAUCAAGAAGGUGGCAGGCCCUGGGGCUGUGGGCCUUGGAGGAGAUUAUGAUGGUGUUACCAUGCUUCCUGUGGGACUGGAGGAUGUUUCUAAGUACCCAGACCUGAUAGCUGAGCUUCUCAGGAGGAACUGGACAGAGACCGAGGUCAGAGGUUUGCUAGCUGACAACCUGAUUCGGGUCUUCUCUGAAGUGGAACUGGUAAGCAAUAACAUGCAGUCUCCUGAGGAAGUCCCUAUCACCGUGAAAGAGCUGGAUGGCUCCUGCAGGACAUACUAUGGCUACUCUCAGGCUCACAGCAUCCACUUGCAGACAGGAGCCCUGGUGGCCUCUCUGGCUUCCCUGCUCUUCCAUCUCCAUCUUCUGUGACAUCCGAAGGACCAGAACCUCCUCCAGUGCUCUCUGAGCUCAGGGAAGACUGGACAAGCCCAGAGUCCCUGUUGUCCAUGCAGAACCACACCCUUUCCUGAAUAAGCAGCAGGCUUACCUGGGGACAGCUCAAGACACAGGCAUGCAAUAAACGCAAUGAGCCUUUGA